GACAAGAAGUCUUCUUUGGUUUUGUGGUCAGGGGGCAGAGGAGGUCCAUGGUUGAGGAAAGGGAGGAGAGGAAGGAGUCAGUGGCAAAGUCCAAGGAUCGGGAGGAAAAGGAGUAAGGGUCGGGAAGAGAUAAAUGGUUACAGGAAGCUACAGAGGAGGGAAAGAUGGAGUGGAGGUUGCUGCAUGAGUUCGGAAGCUACAUCCCGCCUGCAGGAGCUGCAGAUUUACCGACUGCUGCAGUGUGUGCGUGCACAAGACACCGUACAGGUCAAGAAGCUGUUGCAGGUUGGAGUUCACAACCUCGUCAACAUCACUGAGCCGUGCAAGGGCAAAGGUGUCCUGCAUGUGGCUGCGGUGGCGAAUGACAUUGACAUGAUCGAAUUGCUAAUGCUUAAUGGAGCCAGUCCAGAUGUCCAAGAUAAGCAGGGAUGCACAUCAGUGAUGUUGGCAGCCGAACUCGGACAUGAUGGCGUGGUGGCUCUGCUGGCUGAGAAGCAUGCAGAUAUGAUGCUGACAGACACAGAAGGGAAAGGUGUGCUUUUCUAUUGCCUCUGUCCCACCAAAAGGCACAGACGCUGUCUGCAGGUGGCGCUGAACAACAAGGCAGACGUGAACAACGUGACCCAUGCGGGCAUGCCUCUUUUCCUACAGGCCUGUGAGAACGCCCAGGAAUGCGAGGACAUGUGCCUUAGACUGCUGGAGAGAGGGGCCGACCCUAAUUCUGCCAAUCAGGUGACAGGUCGCACUUCUCUAAUGGAGGCGGUAAGAGCAGGAGCAGUGCAGCUGGUGAGAGCCAUCCUUAAAAGAGGGGCAAAUGUCAACACACUGGACAUCAAUCGGUUCAACGCGGUUCACUUUGCUGCCGAAGGAGGCUAUUUGGAAAUCCUUCAGGUGCUGUCUGCAUACGUAGCAGACAUGGGAGUAAUGACGGCAGAAGGAAACACGGCUCUGCACUAUGCUGCCCGAGGCGGCUUCUCUGAAUGCUGCAGGUUUUUGGCACUGAGAGGAUGCAAUCCCAAGCUGAAAAACACUGAGGGCCUGCUACCCUGUCACAUCGCACAGAACUUGGAUCACAAGGCUUCAGUGAAAGAGCUGAAGAAGGCUGAGCGUUUAAAUAGGAAGCUGUUAAAGAGCUACAAUAACGAUUCCUGGCCACUGACCCUUUAUGACUGGUCUCGUGAAAAUGAAGAUGAACUUCGAAAGGCUUUCGAUUUUGCUUCUCACGGAAUUACAAGCUUGGAGGUGGUUUCUUUCGAGAAUUUUGUCUCAGUUCUUCGAGACUUCCAGGCGCCGAUAGGUAACGAGCACGUCCGGAAAAUUCUGCUUGCUCAUGAUAAGCAUAGGCAAGGUUUAAUUAACGUCAAUGACUUUUUCAAAGGUGUCAGAUAUCUGCCCAGGGCUCUUGUUAUGACCUCUAGUGAACUAAAGAAGGCAAAGAAAAGGCCUGGUACGUCAGGUAAGGGUAAGAAGAAAAGCAAAUUGAACCUUGCUUUGCCAAUUUGCAUCCUCCCACCUGAAAGUGUUCACCGCCGAGAUGACGGGGGUCCACCGCAUUUUAUGAUUGAGAAGUACCAGUUUGUUACAGACACAAACCGAUUUGAUCAGGACCAUCCACCUCGACACCCGAUAGAAGAUGACUCUGCCUGGUAUAUAGACACGGAAAAGACAUUCAUAAACAUUAACUACUGUGUUAAGACUGGAGACAUUGAGUCCCUGAAAAUGGCCUUUAGUCAGAAGGUCUCAGUUGAGGUGAAAGAUCACUUUUACAAGACACCACUAAUGACUGCUUGUGCAAGUGGGAAUUAUGAAGUGGCCAGAUUUCUACUUAAUCUUGGGGCCGAUGUAAAUGCACAUGAUCAGUUCCGCUGGACUCCAUUACAUCACGCCUGCCAUGCUGGACACCUCAACAUUAUUAAAUUGUUAGUGGAGGCAGGGGCUUCAGUUAACAUGCCCACUUUUAAUGGAGCCACACCGUUAAUGAGGGCCAUUGAGAGUUCCAGGCCCUGUUGUGUGGACUAUCUUAUCAAGGCUGGAGCAACAGUUACAGCAGAAAACAUUUCAGAGCAAAGCUGCUUGGACAUUGCCCGUGUGUAUGCAGACUUUCGGAUUGUAAAGUUGAUCCAGGACAAGGCUAAUAGCUUUUGGAAGCCAAGGGAGCACAAGAAAGCCAAACCUCAGGCCAAACCGAGACCAGCCACCAGCACUUCCAUUAACGAGAAGGGCUCUGUUCCCACACCACAGGCCCCAGAGGACUUUGCAGCCUCGACAGAUAAAACAGAAAUACAGGACAACAGCGUGAUCUUUCACAGCACCCAGAUCACCAGUGGAGCGCUGAAAAAAGACAUCAGCUUUGUGCCAAAAACGGUGUGGGGCAAACAACUGACUACUAACCAGCAGAUGGAGAAGAAGGAAAAAAGGAGACAGCAUUUCACUUAUGGAGAUUUUGAUGACUUCUGGAUGCCUUUCGGAAAGAAUGUUGAAAAGAAAGCACUAGAGCAAUCACGGAUCUUGGAGCAAAACUGACGACCGUUAUUGGUCGGAUUUACAGUAUGUUCCUGAAUGUCCUGUAAGCUAUAAAAUCUAAGGAAUUAUUUGUCAUUUUAUUUACAUUUAUAAAAAGUGUUUAUUAUAUUCAUGCAGCCUGUAUGUGUAGAGCAAAUCAGACUGCGAAAUGCAGGACUCCUGUAUAUCGUUGGCUCAACAUUUCGUAGUUUGUGAGUAAAUAGUAAUCAAUAAUGCAUGCAUCAUCUCGACUUUCUCAUGAAGUCGAAUAGUAGUGUAGGUGGAGAAAGAGUUUGGGGUAGAGAUCUGUGUACAUGUAUUUGUGUAUGAGCAUGCGUGCUUGUGUGUGUGCGUGUGUGUGUGUGUGCUGUUUGCUCACAGGGCUGGGCCACUCUAUGCAGGCAUUUCUCCACACCUCCUCCUUUAUCUUGUUUAUCUCAGCAUCCUAUCUGCAUGCUUUUCAGACCUUCAGGCUUUAUUACACCUUCCUCAAUCCUCAGAAGACGGUGCAUGCGUGUGGUUUGGGACCAAGAAGGGGUCGGAAAGCUGAAAGAGCAGCACCGCAAAUGCGUUUUUUCAAUCAUUGAAAGUGUUGGCUGAAUGUAUCUGUUUGCUUGUAGCUGCUUAAAGUGCUAGAUUAUUUUACUCGAUGUACUCCUGCAUGUAGCAGGCCUGGUUAUAGCUUGGCAGGUCACACCAGGGGGAAAUGCGCCAUACUGCAGCACUGGCUCCUGCAGCACAAGUAUCUCUAUAUUCCCCGCAGUUCCUGUGAGUGACCAGCAGAGGGUGAAGCAGGGGCUCUAUGUUUACAUACAGAGAGCUGGCUGGGACGCUCUUAGUGUCUCAUUGCAAAAUGGCAGCCAGAAUAAACACGGCUGUUUGAUGUCUGAUGAAAAGAUCAACAACAAAAAUUGGACAAUCGUACAUCAUGGUUCAGCAUUUAAAUAUAACUCAUUUUCUAAACUUAAAAUAUGUAUAAAUGUGUUCUCAUCCACUAUAUUAUAUUAACCUCCACUCUUCUUGGAAGAUGUUCCACUAGAUUUUGCAGUAUGUUUUUUACUAGAUUUCAGAGCUUUAGGUACUGAUGUAGGUGAGGUGAGGAAUCAUGGGGUGCAGUCAGCGUUCCAGUUUAUCUCAAAAGUUGUUCAUUAGGGUUUAGGUCAGAGCUUCAGAGCUUCAUAGCUAAAAAAUUCUUCCACUCCAACCCAUGUAAACCAUACAUGAAAGCAACGAAAGGUGCCUUAUUUUUGUCACAUGUACAUUACAGCACAGUAAAAUAUUUUCUCGCCAAAUCCCAGUGACGUUACAGUGAAGCUGGGGUCAGGCAUGAUAUAGCUCCUCUCAAGUACAAAGGUAUAAAGGCCCCAAGAGUGGCAGCUUGGAAAUACCGGGCCGAGGAUUGAACCCCUACCUUCCAAUCAUAACCCAGAGUCUUAACUACUAAGCUACCACAUCCCCCCUUUAUUGAGCUGGCUUACCUACCUAUCUGCCUACCUUCAUGGAACUGGCUUUGUUCAGAGGGGCAUUGUCAUGCUGAAACAACUUUGGGUUUCCUAGUUCAAGUGAAAUAUAUGGUAACAGUUUGGGGAAGAACUACAUAUGGCUGGAAAAGUCAGGUGUCCCAAUACUUUUUCAUAUAGUGUAUAUAUGUAGAUGAGAAAAGACACAUUAAUAUUACACAGAACAUAUUUGGCCCAUUUUUGAUAAUAGUGUAUUUAAUAAAUAGCACAUAACAGACUGUACAGUUAUAUAAUAAUUAUCAACGCAGGGAUGGUGUGAUGUGGAACGACCAAAAACAGCAUUUCAGUUCGCACACAGAAGUGUAUUAUUUUUGCAUCACUGCAUGGUCUGGAGUGUGUUAUAUAAGUGGUUUUAUUUUUAUUUAUUUAUAAAAGACAGGUUAUGCCGGUUCCUGUUUUCUCAUAGCCAUUAUUACUCUGUCGUAACAGUUACUCUGUUUCUCUUACUCUGAACAAUAAAUAUUUUACAAGGCA